AUGGGUACACAAAAUCGGGAACAAUCCUCAAAAACAUUACAGCGGAAAAAUGGAUUACCAUCAUCAUCAUCAUCAUCAUCAUCGUCAUCAUCAAUAUCAUCAAAGAUCCAGACAUUUCAAGAUGCUAUUUCACAUUUCAAAAAAAAUGACCGGGUUAAAACAUAUGAUAUGCAGGUACCACGACCUCUUACUGUAUCCUGGAAUUGUGAUGGUACUCGGCUUGCUGCAGGAGCGGAAAAAAGUGUGUCAGUGAUAACAUUUGAUUCAUCAUUUCGAGUCAAGACGAUUUUCCGUGGCUUUGGUCACAAUGAACAGGUUGAUCAGGUUGCUUUUCAUCCAUCAAAUCCAUAUUUGCUAGCUUCAGCUAGUGCAGACAAAUCUGUUCGAUUAUGGGAUAUUCGACAGGCACGAACACACACUAGGUUAAAUACUAAAGCGCAGAAUUUGAAUGUAGCCUGGUCACCGUGUGGUACAUAUUUAGCAUAUGGAGACAAGGAAGAUUCCUUAAGUAUCCUAGAUAGCCGAAAUUUGAAAACAAUCAAAGUUGAAUCGCUGAAAGAUGAAGUGAAUGAAUUUGCAUUUGAUCCAUCUGGGAAAUAUUUAUUUGUGGCAAUGGGAAGUGGACAAGUUUUAAAUUUUAGAACACCAGAUGUAACACAUCGACGAACAUUGCAAGCACAUCCUGCGCAAGCUACUUGCGUUUGCUUAGCUGUUUCACCGGAUGGUCAACGUUUUGCCGUUGGUGCAUCGGAUGCCGUAUGCUCGAUUUGGGAUGCUAAUGAAUUAAUCUGUGAGUCAAAUAUGGGAAGAUUGGAUUAUCCCUUACGUUCAAUCUCAUUCAGUGCGGAUAGUCAAAUGAUAGCCUGUGCAAGUGAAGAUCAUUUUAUUGAUAUUUGUUGGGCAGAAAACGGCGCAAGAGUGCAUGAACUUCGAGUAAAUGCUGAAACAUUUACAUGUGCUUGGCAUCCGAAUACUUAUCUGCUUGCUUACGCCUCAGCUCCAUCGCUAGAUAGUCGCGAUCGAGAAGUUACAGUUAAUAUUUUUGGAUUUACUAUGUGA